UGUUCUGUCUUCUCCCACGCACAGUGAGGGGAGGGAAAGGGCCAAGGAGCUGCGCUGGUUAAGCCGCAAACUGGUGUCCGGAUGAGCUUGACACUUUCAAGGCCGAGUGACGGAUUUCACUCAGCUUGCUUGUACGUGAAAUGGAUAGCUUGUCUCAGGGUGAUUUGGCUGGCACGUCAUCCAUGGGUGUCCUCCCGAAGCGGGUGAAGAUCGUGGAAGUCGGUCCCCGCGAUGGUCUGCAGAAUGAAAAGAACAUUGUUCCUACCCCCGUGAAAAUCAAACUGAUAGACAUGCUUUCCGAAGCAGGGCUCCCCGUUAUCGAAGCCACCAGCUUUGUCUCUCCAAAGUGGGUUCCCCAGAUGGCUGACCACUCUGAAGUCUUGAAGGGCAUUCAGAAGUUUCCUGGUGUCAACUAUCCAGUCCUGACUCCAAAUGUGAAAGGCUUCGAGGAAGCGGUAGCUGCAGGUGCCAAGGAAGUCAGCAUCUUUGGGGCAGCCUCUGAGCUCUUUACUCGGAAGAAUGUGAACUGCUCCAUCGAUGAGAGUUUCCAGCGCUUUGAUGGAGUCAUGAAGGCCGCACAGGCUGCCAGCAUCCCUGUGAGAGGGUAUGUCUCCUGUGCCCUCGGAUGCCCCUACGAGGGGAAGGUCUCCCCGGCUAAAGUAGCUGAGGUUGCCAAGAAGCUGUACUCGAUGGGCUGCUAUGAGAUCUCCCUUGGGGACACCAUUGGUGUGGGCACCCCGGGACUCAUGAAAGACAUGCUGACUGCUGUCCUGCGGGAGGUGCCUGUGGCCGCACUGGCUGUCCACUGCCAUGAUACCUAUGGUCAAGCCCUGGCCAACACCUUGGUGGCCCUGCAGAUGGGAGUGAGUGUUGUGGACUCCUCUGUGGCUGGACUUGGAGGCUGUCCCUAUGCACAGGGGGCCUCAGGGAAUUUGGCUACGGAGGACCUGGUCUACAUGCUGACUGGCUUAGGGAUUCACACGGGUGUGAACCUCCAGAAACUUCUCGAAGCUGGGGAUUUCAUCUGUCAAGCCCUGAGCAGAAAAACCAGCUCCAAAGUGGCGCAGGCCACCUGCAAACUCUGAGCCCUUGUUCACCUGAGGCCUGGGACCGGGGGAGGUGGGCAUGCUCAGAUGAUUCCUUGGUGGGGGAAUGGAAUGCGGACAAAUGAGCAGGUAUCACAAAGGUUCUAGACAGAAAGGGCAGGAGCUGCCAGGCCUUGGGGCAACUGAGUGGUCUUGGAGCCUGGACGUCCCCCUUCCCUGUGGGCCAGCUCCCCAGAGCCGAGUGCAUGAGCACUGGUUUGGGAUGGCCCUGGGUCUCCUGGGUGAAUCUGCUAACUAACAGAGCUGCUGUCCACCCUGCCAUGACUGUGGGUCCUGUGCGUCUCUUCGGAAAACAGAGCAGUUUCCCCCUAAAGCAGCAGAGCUGAAAUGGUGGGGGCUGAUCUGCUGUGCUGGCCAUCUGCUAACCCCAGCAUCUCUGGGAAAUCUUCACUCUGUACAUGAUUUUUGAAAACAGAUUAUGUAAUUAAAGGUUUAAUUUUCUAAUA